CCAUGGCCCUCUUCACAAGAACCAGCAGUCAUCCUAACACCACCGACCCCAUUCCCUGUAGGGCAGACAACACUACAGAGCCUAACCUGCCACACUCACAUACCUACUAUGCUCUCUGCUACUGCAUCUUGAUUUUGGCCAUCAUCUUUGGGAAUGUGCUAGUCUGCUUAGCCGUGCUGAGGGAACGCACCUUGCAAACCACAACGAACUACCUUGUGGUGAGCCUGGCGGUGGCGGACUUGCUGGUGGCUACUUUGGUGAUGCCAUGGAUGGUGUACCUGGAGGUGACCGGAGGAGUCUGGACUUUCAGCCGCAUCUGCUGUGAUAUCUUCGUCACCAUGGAUGUAAUGAUGUGCACGGCCAGCAUUUUAAACCUCUGCGCUAUCAGCAUUGACAGAUACACUGCAGUGGUGAAACCAGUUCAGUACCAGUACAGCACUGGGCAGAGCUCCUGCAGGAGGGUCUCUCUUAUGAUCGUGAUAGUCUGGAUGCUGGCGUUCGCAGUGUCGUGCCCUCUCCUCUUUGGCUUCAAUACUACAGCGGAUCCCAGUAUUUGUUCCAUAUCCAAUCCUAGUUUCAUCAUCUACUCCUCUCUGGUGUCCUUCUACCUCCCCUUCAUGGUGACCCUGCUGCUCUAUGUCCGGAUUUACCUCGUGCUAAGACAAAGACAAAAGAAGCGAACCCUCACCCGGCAGGGCAGCCACAGCGCCAGCACCAAACCGUGUUAUGCACACAAAGAACGUAUGGAGAGAAAAGCUUUGCCGAACAGAUGCCAAGGCACCUUUUCCCCCUGUCUCCCACUCACAUGCUCAGGCCAGGAGAUGUCUACCAAAAGGAAGUUGCUGACUGUCUUCAGCCUGCAGCGGUACCGCAGCUUCUGCCACGAGACAUCCCUUACUAAGGCACCGGGGACUACACAACACAGCAGGCUGGAAGAGAGGAGAAAGAGUAUGAAGCCAGGACUGGAGGUACGGAGGCUCAGUGAUGGCAAAACCAUCAGCUCUUUGAAGCUAGCGCACCAGCAGCCCCGGCUGAUCCAGCUUCGGGAGAGGAAGGCUACACAGAUGCUAGCUAUUGUCCUGGGGACAUUCAUCAUCUGCUGGCUGCCCUUCUUCUUGAUUCACAUCCUCAACGCCCACUGCCCGUCCUGUCGUGUGCCCCCAAGGCUUUACAGUGCCAGCACCUGGCUUGGCUACGUGAACAGCGCCCUCAACCCCAUCAUCUACACAACCUUCAACACCGACUUCCGCAAAGCCUUCCUCAAGAUCCUCUGCUGCUGACCACGGGGCCAGCA